CGGGAGCUAGCGAGCGCCCCGGGCGGAGCGGGGAGGCGCGCGGGCUCGGGGGGUGGGACUGGCCCCCCCUCGCGCCCAGACACUCAAGGACACGGACACAGGCAGAGCCACAGGCACACGCGCGCCCGCAGGUACCGCCGCGCACACGGGGCACGCUCACACGCACUCAACUCAGGUACAGGCACUCACACUCACACACACACUCAUAGACACACACACAUACUCAUACACUCGUAAGCACACACACAGAGGCGCACACUCAUACACUCAUAGAGGCACACACUCGCACACACCCACCCACACACAGGUACACUCAGGCGCAGACCCCAGGGACGUACGCGCACACUCGCAGGCACAGCCGCGGCCCCCGCCCGGCCCGGGCCGAGCCCUUGGAGCGCCCCGGGCAGCGGACAUGUACCAGGACUAUCCCGGGAGCUUCGACACGUCCUCGCGGGGCAGCACGGGCUCUCCGGGACACCCCGAGCCUUACUCCGGCGGCGCCGCGCAGCAGUUUGGCCUGUCUUACACUCCAGAGUGGAAUGCGUCUGUGUUCAAAGUGGAUGAUUUUCGUGCAAUCUCGGGCCUACUGAAUUCAAAAUUCCGAGUAGAUAUGCCAGGAUCCGGCAGUGCUUUUAUUCCCACGAUUAAUGCCAUAACAACCAGCCAAGAUCUGCAGUGGAUGGUGCAGCCUACUGUGAUCACCUCCAUGUCGAGUCCCUACUCUCGCUCCCAUCCUUACAGCCAUCCUCUGCCCAACCUAUCUUCGGUUGCUGGACACACUGCCCUGCAGAGACCUGGCGUUAUUAAGACUAUUGGGACAACAGUGGGCAGAAGGAGAAGAGAUGAGCAGCUGUCACCCGAAGAAGAGGAGAAGCGAAGGAUCCGGAGAGAGAGGAACAAGCUGGCAGCUGCUAAGUGUCGUAACAGGCGUCGAGAGCUGACAGAGAAACUCCAGGCGGAGACUGAGGAGCUGGAGGAGGAGAAAUCAGUACUGCAGAAAGAGAUAGCAGAUCUGCAGAAGGAAAAAGAUAAGCUGGAGUUCAUGUUAGUGGCUCAUAGCCCCGCAUGUAAAAUCAGCCCAGAGGAGCGUCGUAGCCCCCUGUCAAGCAGCCUCCAAACUGUCCGGACCGGAGUGAGUGGAGCUGUAGUGGUGAAGCAGGAGCCUGUGGAGGAAGAGAUCCCAUCCUCCUCUUUGGUCCUCGACAAAGCCCAGAGGUCUGUCAUUAAGCCCAUCAGCAUUGCAGGGGGGUUUUAUGGGGAGGAGUCACUCAAUACUCCCAUCGUGGUGACCUCAACGCCUGCCAUCACCCCUGGCUCCUCUAGCCUGGUCUUUACAUACCCCAAUGUGCUGGAUCAGGAAUCUCCUCUCUCCCCUUCAGAGUCCUGUUCCAAAGCUCACCGGAGAAGCAGCAGCAGCGGUGACCAGUCCUCGGAUUCCUUGAACUCUCCAACUCUGUUAGCGUUGUAAUCCCUCUGCAUCCCCCAUUUGCCAAUGUGUUACAUUCCCGCCCAGUACCCUGGGGGGACACCCCCUCCACAGGAUUAAAGACAGGCACAAGGUCGUUUAAGCACAAGGGCAGCAAGAGCAAGAAAGGGGAAAUGCUGUGGCUCCAGGACCUUCCUGGGGCAGGAAGAAUGAGAACAAACAGAAGCUCCAUGGAAGAGGAAAUGGCAAUGGUGGGAAUGAAAUUCCUUGUCUGUUUGGAGAGGGGGAAAUCCCUCUGUAGGAGCUGCCUAUGGAAAUCUUUUUGUGUCUUUAGAGGACUUGGGAAAACACUCUUGGCCAGGACUGGAGGCGAGCUGCAGAAAGUCACUAAUCAUCCCUUGCCUUUGUGAAUUACUUUGAAAGGUUACUUGCUGUGCUUACUUAAACCUGGUUAGUUUUGAUCUUACUAGAUAUUUUUCUGUCUUAUUUUUUGUUGUUGUAGCUGUUGUUACCAAGACAUUUCAUCUAGUCAGUCUAAACUCUAAAGGCUUGUUAUGAUCUUUGUUAGCUGCUGAUGAUGUUGGGGAAAGGAGUUGUAGGAAACAUUGCUGUUGUCAAGGUGGGAGGGUGGAUUUGGAGGAUGGAGGGGGGAGUUGAGAGGCACCCCAAGGACUAUGUGCAGAGUUCGAUUUGAUGGCGUAUAAGUCUCUGUGACAAGGACAUGGUGAAGAGAGACUGUAGGAGGCUCGUAUGUUUGGGUUGGGGGAGGCAAGGAGUGAGUAUGAGAGGAACCAUUGAGUGUGAGAGAUGCUUUGUUCUCCUGUGCAGUGCAAUAGCCAGGUUAGCAAAACACCUCCUGUAUGGGGCCAGGAGAGGUGCCAGGAAACUGAUGGGAUGCUAGAGUCAGUUUCCACUAGACUUUGGCAGUGUUUCUUCUGUAAUUAGGGUUUGCCAGAUUGGCUUCUGGACCUUGUUUCCUUUGCCCUGGCUGCCAGCCACCGUGGGUGUAACUCACCUUCCUCCUCAUCGCACUGUCUGAUUCAGAGGUUGAUCCCAGCCUGAGAGCAAGCCUUACCUCCCCAGCCCAUAUCCAGAAUGUGUCACUAAAGAGAAUGUGCUGGUCCUGUGAAUCCAGGAAAGAGAUUAACUGAAGACAAGAGGGCAAGGCUACCUGGAUGUUCACUUGGCUGCUUCCUUUUGGCACCCAUGCAACAGUGCAGUUGUACCUCUGAGCUCUGUUUGGUUCUGUCACUCCACUCAUAGCUUCCUUGAUGUUAAGGUCAGAGGGGCCCAUUUUGAUCAUCCAUUCAGACCUCCUGUAUAGCACAGGCCAUAGGACUUACUUGAAUUAUAUCCUUGUCAGAAUUACAGCACAUCUUGUAGAAGAACAUCCAAUCUUGAUUCCAAAACUGACAGUGAUGGAAUCCAUCAUUACACCUCAGUCCCUGGCAUCUGUUGGGUUUUGCUACUUGAUUGAUAUGGGGGAGAGGAGGUUCUGGUCUUCAAGGCACCUGGAGAGCUGUGCCCCUCACCACCCUGGGUCUUCUUACGCACGGUGUUUGGUGCCAGCACAGUGUCCCUGAUCAAGCACAGCUGUUUAACACUGAUGUUCACUACUGAUAACAGUGAUGUGCUUAACCUGAGUUCAUCAGCAGUUAGCUUCCAACUCUUGUUGAUGUCAAUGACACUGAAGGAUCUUGGUCACGUGCACGUUAGGUUUUUCUAAGAGUGGGUGUUGGAUCAGGUCACUUGAGUGGAAGCUGAAGGCUCACUUAAAUGUACUCAAAGGGAAUCUCCAUGAUCCCAGCUCACCGCAGCUGCAGGGUAGCACAUCAGAGCUACUUCUAUUUGUGUGAUAUCUUCUUUGCUUUAUUGACAGAAAUCUAUUUAUGUUCUGUGUGAGGCUGGACUGGAGAAAUCUUUGAUGCACUUAUGCCAUUGUAAGGGCCAAUCCUGUGAAGUGCUCAGCUCCUUCACAUCCUACUGACUCCACUGGAAUUAAGACUGCUCAACACCUGGCUGGACCCGACUUUUACUGAGCAGUUGGGGGUCCUCCAGUAUCUUUGAAUUUUUAUAUCUUUCUUAAAGGGUCACUGUCUUGGCCCUGAACAAAAAUGUUGCAGGGGUUGUUAUUUUUAUUGUAUUUUUUAAAACAAGCAUUUUACAAGUUCUUCUGCCGUAAGCAGAAAGAUAUUAAUGAGUUCCUACAAAACUGAAGUCCAGUAGUCCUGUUCUACUUCUCAGCAACUUAAAUCUUUUCUACAUUAUUCCAGCAACAGAGAUCUAAAACUAGACAGUGUUACAUCAGGAAAAAUUGCUGCUUCUUUUACCCAGUCUAGCAGAGUCUCCCUUGCUUUGGGAAUAUUCAGUAAAAUGGCCUUGUUUCACUCCCACCCCAACACGGUGGAACAUCAUGCUAACAGGUGGUGACUCCUCUUAAGACUUUCUUUUUUUUUUUUCUUCUCUGCUUGCCCCCCAGUGCUUCCUGGACCAGUUGACCUGAUUUAUCAUUUUGCAGAGAGUCACUGGAACAGAGGUUGGAUUGAUAAAUGAAGUCCAAUCCUACAAGGAACUGAGUAGAGACCUGCUUCCUACACUUCUGAGUUUAUUAAAUUGGCAGCAGGAGAGCAAACGCCUCCUCUGAAGUCUUGCUGAUCACCACACAAGUCUGUGGUGUCUUUGAAAAUAUUUACUAGACCCCUUUAGUAUUGGGAAAUGAGGCAUUGCUCACAAGCUGAUCAGCUGCCUAUCAGACUUGUGAUAUGACAGCCAUUGAUUGUCCUUACUGUAGAGAUGUGCUGACAAACCUCCAGGAGAGUAACAGAUCCAUCCAGCAUUGGUGGGUAAUCAGAGAAGCAAAAUAUACUCUCCAGUCAUCCUUUCCCUUGCCUAUGAAACCUUUCUUUGUCAUCAGCAAGAGUCAGACUUACAAAUGAGAGGUGCCUGUUAACACAGGUGGCCUAAACCCCUGUCUCAGCUAUAGAUUGCUUUCUACAAGGGACUUCAAGACUUUUUACAGAUACCAAACCCUUAGCUUAAAGUCUAAAAAUAAUUACUUGUUUCUGUCUUUAUCUAAGCAAAAGAGUCCCCUUUCCUCACCUUUGUGCCAUGGGGGCACAUCCAAUGGAAAAUCUGGCUCUUCUCUUUAGGCCUAAUUCAUUGUGAUGUUGCCAGAUGGCCCCAUCCUCCUCUGUCUGCCUUUAGGCCAUAAGACUCUUUACAUUUUUCUUGAGUGAUGAUGACACAUUAGCUUUUUGACAGUCUUGUUACAAGUCAAGAUACAGCCUGAAGUCUCUGUGAGAUGGGUCCAGGAUCAUUUUUAUUAUGAGUGUCAGCGUGCACAUCUACAUAUGCACUGAUGUGCCGUAGGUACGGUGCAUUAAGUUUUUAGUACCUGUAAUAACAGGUACUAACUAAAUGUGCAGUAAUUGGCACUACUGCACAGUAGCUCUGGUGCACACCUUUUUAGUGACACUAAUGUGCAGGAGAUUCAUUCUACUGCAGUUAGUGCAGUAGCACGGCUUUUGCUGUGAUGUGCUAAUGUGCAGUAGAAUUAGUCUUCUGCACGUUUAGUGCCUUGUGUAGACAUGCCCAAUGUCACCUGCUCUCUUCCAGGUGUUGACCAUCCCCACUAGUCCCCAACUGGUGCUCACCAUGAACAUCCACUACAGGGAUUCCUGGACGUGCAAUGACUGAAUGUUGUAUGUGCCUGGUUGGGGCUCAGGGUGGAUGAUGUCAAGAAUCCAAAGGCCAUUGUAGUCGGUGGAAAGACCUCUAGGGAUUUCAACAGCCUUUGGAUCAUGCUCCUGAUGACUGACUCCAAUUCAGUAAAGUGCCUAAUAACAUGCUUAAAAUUAAUCACUGCCAACGUGGGUGGGAGGGGAGCAGUAGCAGUUAAAUUGAAGGAAACUUUUAUUCAGCCUGCAAGUGAUAUGUCAUCCUGAUGUUGCCCUCCUUUCCCCCAUUCCCCCUUCUAGCUGUGACAUUUGCCUCUGUCCUUUUCUUUUUCUAUGGUAUAGGCACUGGCUAAGUCCAGAAACUGCUUGUGGUAUGAUAGGACUUGGGACCAACAUGCUGGGAUCAGUCGUGGGUUUUUUUGGUUUUUGGGUUUUUUUUUUAAUCUUGUCAGAUGAACUUAAUAGAUCAUUCAAAUUCCUUUAUUUUUGCUGCUUUCUGCAUGUAGGAUCCACCUGGCUUUAGUCUGAAAAAAAGGAAAGAAAGAAAUAGUAUCUCAUUAUUUAUUGGCAGACAAAUAUUUUGUGCCUGCUCCAGCAGAUCUGCUCACCAUUAAUUUAACCUCAUGUUCCUGGUGUUUUGUUGCCCCCCCCCCCCCCCCCCCCUUUAAUCCUAAAGCAGAAUUCUGAAGCAUUGAAUUUUUUUAUUUUUUUUUUUUUUUUUAAAUGACUACAACACUUACAAUCUCUUUCUCAUUUGAAAGGCCAGGUCAAACAUUUUUAGAGGUGGGGGGUAGAGGGGGGAGAGGAAAGGGAAGAGUCUACCGUUUAGUCCUUAUUUAUUUAUCUAUCAUGUUUACAUCUUUUUCUCUGUUCCAGACCUGGAUAUAAAAAAGACAGCAUUAAAAAUACUCAACUUUUUUUUGCAGGCUAAUAAUGCUUUUUUUCAUUUCUUAAAUGAUUCCUUUUUUGUCUGUAUAAAAUGUAUAAAAAGAUAUGUUUCUAAAGAUGCAUUAUCAUUCCUCUGUGAACAGUAGUUAGGGCUGGGGACACAUCUCAGAGUACAAGAUAAUAACAAAAUCUUAUCCUGUUCUACUUAAUUGUUCCCCUCUCAUACUGUCUGAUUAAAGGGUUACUCCACUUUCUUGUCUGUGGUUACUUGAUAUUAAAAACAUAUUAAAAUGUGUAGAAAAUAGGUAUAAAAUUGUUUUUGGUCAGUGAGAGGAUAAAAUGUUGUAUAUAUCUUGAUAAACUGUGUAGUUCAAAAUAACAUCGAUAAGGGAUAGUGCAUCUUUAUUAGAGCGAUAAGUUACUAGUGUCACUGAAGUCUACUUUAAGAUCCUUGUAGGAUAAAAGGGCCUGAUUCUGAUUCCACUCAGAUGUGGGUAAAUCAGAAGUGAUUCCACUGAAGUGAAAUCGGAGGAAUCACACUAGGGUAGAAGCAGUGUGAUGGCAAUCGGGAUCAGGCCCCAAAGAUUCAUACACAUAUAUGGAGAUCAGUGAAUGUUUGGGGCACCAGGAUUUUUUUUUCUCAACAAGUUUAGAUAGUGAUUUUUUUGUUUUGCCUGGGGUGAAAUAGUUUCUUCCAAGAAGGUUCUUCAAGGUGACUGUUGAAUUGGGGCCCUUCAUUCCUUUUUGAUCUUUAUAUAGUUCUUGUGGUCAGGGAGAAACUCGGCUCUGAAGCAGUCUCUCUGGUGUUGACUCUCUUUCUGUUCUUGUUAUUUUACUGUAAUACAGGCCUACAGUAUUUGCACUAAAACAAAAAAGCUUGUUAGAGAAAGCUUGCUGCUAUGAAAGAAAGAACAUAUUAAAAUGGUUUUGCUUUUACAAUUUUACCUGAGUAGCAUUUUAUAGAAUAAAAAUCAAUUUAGAUUGAAAAGAAGAAUGAUUUUUUUGCCCCUCUCUCAACCUUCUUUCUUUUCCUUCCAUUCCUCUGUGGUCUGUUAUUCCCCCUUCCCUUGGUGCUCAGUUGUAAUGAUUGGCUGUGUUGUGACUAUGCUGCUGAGAGUUAUGACACUUGUAAAUCCUGUUUUAAAGACAUUGUGGACACUCUUUUGUAUAGCGAGAGCUAACUGGAGUUCUUCUUUUCUCUGUUAAUUGAAGUCAUUAAAAGACUCUCUUUGCCAUGAACAAUUAAAA